AGAGUGCUGACCCGGCUGUCGCUCAGGCCGCUGAGCCUUUUCAGCUGCCAGGCCCACCACACAAACCCAUCGUCACAGAUGUGUCAAAGAACAGCGUCUCUCUGACCUGGCAACCCAACGCACAUGAAGGUGGAGCCGCCGUCACCUCCUACAUCAUUGAGGCCUUCAGCCAAUCAGCCGGCAGCACGUGGCAGACUGUAGCAGACCUGGUCAGAAUGGAGACACACACAGUCAGCGGGCUUCUUCCCAACACGGUGUACCUGUUCAUCGUUCGAGCCGUGAACGCUUACGGCCUGAGUGACCCAAGCCCCAUCUCUGAGCCCGUCAGAACACAAGAUGGGAGUCCUACAGGACAGGGCGUGGACCACAGGCAGGUGCAGAGGGAGCUCGGAGAAGUGGUGGUCCAGCUUCAAGACCCCGUCAUCCUCAAAGCGGGUUCCAUCCGAGUGUCCUGGACGAGCUGCCAGCAGAUCAUCCGUCUGGCUCUGAGACCAGCGACAGCGAUAAGGAGAGCAGUGUGAGUCUGGCUGAGCAGAUCACCGACGUGGUCAAGAGGCCAGCAUUUAUCGCCGGCAUUGGUGGAGCCUGCUGGGUCAUCCUCAUGGGCUUCAGCGUGUGGAUCUACUGUCGACGUAAAAAAAGGAAGGAGCUGAGCCACUACACCGCCUCGUUUGCCUACACCCCCGCAGUUGGUUUCCCUCAUGGAGAAGGAUUAGGACUCAAUGGAAGGCCCGGCAUGCUGGGAAGCAAUGUGGGCAACUACCCGUGGCUGGCAGACUCCUGGCCAGCAUCCAAUCUGGUCCACAGCAGUAAGGAGGCUGUCAACUGCUGCUCAGCCAAUCACGAAACAUCGGAGAGAUACUAUAAUGAAGCUGGCAUCUCCAACUACCUGAGUCAGACUGAGAAGUACAGCAUGGGAGGCUCCACCGAAGGGCCCAUCUACAGCACCAUCGAUGCCACCAGCGAGGACCUGCACGGCUUCACUUACAACCAAAACUCCUCCACCGCGCUGUACGCUACCACCACCAUCACGCCUUUUAACAGUCAGACACAGGGAGCAGCUCACAGUGGGGAGCAGCAGGACGACGAGCACUGGAUCGCUCAGCCAGGCCUGUCCGGAGCUCAGUAUGCUCAGCCGGAUCGAUGCAGUGGUAAGCCCAAGCAGAAGGUGAUGGGUAAGGCUGUGAAGACCCCAUGUUUGAGCUGGAUGGAGGCUUUGCCCCCACCUCCRUCUGUUGGAGAGCUGGAACCAUGUGAGCAGGACGAGCAGCCCCCAGAACAUGACAACAUGGAUAUAGGCUCUGAUGAAGAGUGGUGUCCUCCUCUUCCUGAGAGGACGUACUUGAUGGAAGGCUGCGAGGAUGGGCCUUCACCUCAGAGGAACAACACCUCCUCUCCAACCACCUCCUACAGCCACCAGUCUACUGCCACCCUCACCCCAUCCCCCCAUGAUGACCCCAGGGCCCCCAAUGACCUCCCUCACCUCAACCAAGUGGAGGCCCAGCAGCUGGCCCGCAGAAGGUUGCCCUGCAGUCCCAUGCGUGGGCCCCAGGCACUGUGCCCACCGGUCACCCAGUCCAACCCCAACCUCAACCUCUUCGGCCAACAGCAUCACUGCUCUUCAGAGGUCCGAAUGCUUCAGUGCCAAAGUCCUGCUCAUCACUGCCCCCAUAGCCAGGCAACAGCUCUGAAUGAAGGCUGCGGCAGUACAGCUACACCCGCACACAGCCGCUCUUCCCCUGCAGAAACCCGCACACCCCCCAACCAAAAGUCCAAAGCGAAGAAAAAGAUGUCCAAGACUUCAGCUUACAGACGAGAUAUUCAAGGAGAUCUACCCCCACCUCCAGAGCCCCCACCAGAGGAGGACAGGCUCCAAGAGGCCCAGGGCCCAUUGGACAACUCUCUGCUGUCCUUAGAGAGGAGUGAGUGCAGCAGCAGCAGCCCACAGAGGACAGGCUCUGGACACAGACACGUCAGCAAUGAAGAAGUGAUGGCAUACAGUAAGGCCAGCUACCUGUCCAGGAGUCAAAUGUCCAGUAACUGCUCCACCACAGGAAGCUCGUCAUCCAGAGGCUCCACCGGCUCCCGGGACCUCAACUCAGCUAAGAAACAUGGAGAGGAAGGGAGAUAAGGACAUUGGAGGUUCUGUCUGUCCAUCCCUCUCAUCUCUCUAUCUUGGACACAAUGAGCUGAACAAAAGAAGCUAAUGGUUUUCAGGAAUCUAGAGACGUUACUGAGUGGAAGAAGAACGGACUCUCCUGAUUUUUAGUAUUAAUAUAAUUAUUUAUGUCUGAGUUGUCUCAUCUUUCUUUUGUAAAUACCUCUCUGUUUGUACUUUUUUUUUCUGGGCAGUGGAUUCGGGCAAAGAGACUUCUAUUUGAUUUAACAAGAUAAAAAGAAUAAAUGUUAAAAUCUCUUUUUUUGAAUGUGCCAAUGUUUUGGCUGAGCAUAAACUGCUGUUGCACUCCUGCUGUGAAGGCAAAACAACAGAAAAUAUGAAGCACAAAGUGUGUUUGCUGGUUCAGAGGGAAAAGCCUGAGGUCCGAGCACUUCCUGCUGGACUUCUGCAGCCACGAAGUCCACUACGAAUGUCUGCAUUUUGUAUGUUUCUGCUGGUUUCUGUACAGACAUAUGACCCUGACUGACUGGCACUAUGAAUGUUUGGUUUUAUCCUCUUUAGUCUGUUUGAGAGACUGACUGCGGCCAUUAUGAAAUAAACCUUUCAUAUGUUCCAAAAAUGAAGAAAAGAGGUCCGUGGACUGACUUUUGUACUCUUGUUGUUUUGUAAAUGCACAAUAAAAUACAUUUGUUGAUG